AUGCUCACGGAAACAUUAGGCCGAAAUUCACGACAGAACAUGAUACUUUUGACAUACGUCGCAGGAGUCUUAACAUGGGCGGUGCCCAGCCCGCCUCCCAACCUUCCUACUCCUAGGGUCCCGGGGCCAGACCAGCCCCCAACUGUCCCACCCCUGGGCGGGGCACAGUCCCCUUCCCAAAAGUCCUACCCCCCGGCGGGGCCUGGUCCUCCUCCCGACCGAUCCACCCCUAGGCGGGGCCUAGCCCGCCUCCAAACCGACCAACUCUUAGGGCCUGGCCUGCCUCCCAACUGCCGGGUCCCUCCCAACUGUCCUACCCCUAAGGGCCUCGGCCUCCCAACUGUCCUACCCCUAAGGUCCCGAGGCCCAGCCCCCAACAGUCCUACCCAUGGGCAGGGCCCCGCCCACCUCACAACAGUCCUACCCCUCGGCGAGGCCCAGCCUGCCUCCCGACUCUCCCACCCCUUGGCGGGCCCCGGCCUGCCUCCCAACCGACCCACCCCUCGGCGUGGGCAGGCCCGCCUCCCGACCAACCCACUCAUCGGUGGGGCCCAGCCUGACUCUCGCACCCCUUCACGGGGCCUGGCCUGUCUUCCGACACUCCCAACACUCGGUGGUGGCCCGGCCCGCCUCCGAACAGUCCCGCCCGCCUCCCUACCUUCCCAGCCCUUGGUGGGGCCCAGCCUGCCUCCCGACCCUCCCACCCCUCGGCGGGGCCUGGCCUGCCUCCCGGCCGACCCACCCCUUGGCAGGUUCCAGCCCGCCUCCCGACUCUCCCACCACUCGGCAGGGCCCGGCCUGCCUCUUGUCCCUCCUACCCCUCGGCUGUGCCUGGCCCGCCUCUUGACCCUCCCACCCCUCGGCGGGGUCCAGCCCACCUCCCAAGCCUCCCACACCUCGGCGCGGGCCCAGCCCCCGCCUCCCGACCCUCCCACCCCUCAGGCCCAGCCCGCCUCCCUCCCGACCCCCCAACCAAUUGGCCGGGGGCCCAGCCCGCCUCACGACCCAACCAUCGGCGGGGCCCAGCCCGCCUUCGACCCUUCCGUGCCUCCCCACCCCUUCGCGGGGACUGGCCCGCCUCCUGCCUCCCAGCAGGGCCCGGUCCGCCUUCCGACCCUCCCGACCCCUCAGGCGGGGCCCGGCCAGCCUCCCAACCCUCCCACCCCCGGGUGGGGCCCGGAACUGGAUGGUGUCUCACAAGGCCACCAUUCAAAUCUGUCCUAUCCUAUCAGAACCAUUUUGGAAGAAUGUUACCAAGCCCUCAUGAAUAUGGGGAAUGAGGAGGGUCUCAAGGGACAGGAGCGAGAGGAUGAGACAGAGGUAUGGUUGGAGGAAGUAGAAGCACUCUGA